AUGAAAAAGUUGGUUGAUGAAAAUGAUCGAGAUUGCCAUAAGAAGGUAUAUGAAGCUUUGUGGGUAGAUAGAAUCAUGCCUAAAAGAGCCAUCGGAAUGCCACCUUUUGAGCUUGUGUAUGGGAUCAGCACAAAACUUUCUUUACCCCUGGAAUUGUCAGUAGCCAAGCUACAGACAGUAUUUGAGGAUUCUUUCUUUCAGAAUGCUCUAGAGAAGAGGGUUAUGUACCUAAUAAAGUUGGAAGAAGAAAGAGAGAUGUUGGUGGAUAGAAUUACAAAGCAUCAGAGCAGGGUGAAGAAUAUUUUUGACAUGAGGGCUCAUCCAAGAGGUUUUCUUGAAGGAGAUGAGGUACUGCUAUGGGAUAAAUGGAAGGAACCAAAGGGUGCACAUGGUAAAUUUCACUCAUUGUGGAAAGUAUUGGCAUUUUAG